AUGUCUCACAGAAAGUUUGAGGCGCCCCGCCACGGCUCUCUGGCAUUCUUGCCUCGCAAGAGGGCUUCCCGUCAUCGCGGAAAGGUCAAGUCCUUCCCCAAGGAUGACCCAAAGAAGCCUGUCCACCUCACAGCCACCCUUGGUUACAAGGCUGGUAUGACCACGAUUGUCCGUGACCUUGACCGACCGGGCGCGAAAUCACACAAGAAGGAGGUUGUGGAGGCAGUUACUGUCAUUGAGACACCACCAGUGAUCGUUGUUGGUCUAGUUGGUUACAUCGAGACUCCCCGUGGUCUUCGAUCCCUCACCACCGUCUGGGCUGAGCACUUGAGCGACGAGGUCAAGCGCCGGUUCUACAAGAACUGGUACAAGAGCAAGAAGAAGGCUUUCACCAAGUACGCCAAGAAGUACACUGAGGACAAGGGCUCAUCCAUCACCCGUGACCUUGAGCGCAUCAAGAAGUACUGCACCGUUGUCCGUGUUCUAGCCCACUCCCAGAUCCGCAAGACCCCUCUCAAGCAAAAGAAGGCACACUUGAUGGAGAUUCAGGUAAAUGGCGGCAGCGUCCCAGAGAAGGUUGAGUUCGCCCAAGGUCUCUUUGAGAAGCCUGUUGAGGUCAGCACGAUCUUCGAGCAGGAUGAGAUGAUCGAUGUUAUUGCCGUUACCAAGGGUCACGGUUUCUCUGGUGUCACAAGCAGAUGGGGAACCAAGAAGCUUCCUAGAAAGACGCACAAGGGUCUCCGAAAGGUCGCUUGUAUUGGUGCCUGGCAUCCUUCCCACGUCCAAUGGACUGUUGCCCGUGCCGGUCAAGACGGAUACCAUCACCGUACCUCUGUCAACCACAAGGUUUACCGUGUUGGCAAGGGCUCUGAUGAGGGUAACGCAACCACCGAGUUUGAUCACUCCAAGAAGCAAAUCACUCCUAUGGGUGGUUUCGUCCGUUACGGAGAGGUCAGGAAUGAUUUCCUCAUCCUCAAGGGUUCCGUUCCAGGUGUCAAAAAGCGUGUCAUGACACUCCGAAAGUCCAUGUUCAUCCACACGUCAAGAAAGGCAUUGGAGAAGGUCGAGCUGAAAUGGAUCGACACAUCUUCCAACUUUGGCCACGGUGCAUACCAAACUCCUCAAGAGAAGCAUCAAUUCCUCGGUACGCUCAAGAAGGAUAUUGCUCCAGCUUCGUAG